AUGGCACAAGACUGUGAAGACCCGGUCCCUCGUCCAGAGAAUGACCAUACCAAGCGCCCGAAAUGUUUCAAUAGCACUUUCCAAGAAUGCCUCUUCGUUUUAACAGCCACCAUGGCCAUCGGUCAACAAUCGUUCUUCCAAGGCUGCAUUGUCGGAGUGACAGCAUCAAUCGGAAAAGACUUGAACAUGAACUCAGCUGAGAUCACCUGGAUCAACGCCGGUGCUUCUCUAAGCAGCGGCGCCUUCCUCCUCUCAUUCGGCAAACUAGCCGACAUGUUCGGCCGCAAGACCCUCUUCACAAUAGGCAUGGCCGGCUUCACCCUCUCACUACUAAUAGCCGGCUUUGCCACAAACGCAAUCUACAUGGAUGUCUUCAGCGGCGUGAUAGGCCUCUUUGCCGCUGCCGUCGUGCCACCAGCAGUAGGCACCCUCGGGGCCGUCUACGAGAAGCCCUCGAAGAGAAAGAACCGCGCGUUUGCUUGCUUCAGCGCGGGGAAUCCGCUGGGGUUCGUGGGCGGGAUGAUUAUCUCUGGUGUGGCCAGUCAUGAGUAUAACUGGCGGGCGUCGUUUUGGGCGCUUGCUGUUGUUUAUGCUAUCUUUACGGUGCUUACUGUUUGGACGGUUCCGCCGGAUGGGUUUGCCAGGACGCCUGUUAGUCUUGAGGCGUUGAAGAGGUUUGACUUGUUGGGGACUGGGUUGAUCAUUGUUGGGUUUGCGUGUUUUUCGAGUUCGCUUUCGUUGGCUGGUGAUGCACCGGAUGGCUGGAGGACGGGCUAUGUGCUCGGCUUGUUCAUUGUGGGAUUCUUCUUGCUGGUUGCCUUUUUGUAUUGGCAGUCUAUUGCUGAAAACCCGCUGAUGCCACUCUGGGUUUGGAAAGAUCGCAAUUUCUCAUUGCUCAUGGCAACAUUCUGUCUCGGAUUCAUGGGCUUCUCCGCCGUUACAUUUUACCUAUCCCUCUACCUCCAAAACGUCAAACAGCAAACAGCUCUCGAAAUCACAGUCAAGCUCCUCCCGAUGGUGGUCAGCGGCGUACUCGUCAAUGUCAUCUGCGGCCUGGUCCUUCAUCGCGUCAGCAACAAAGUUUUAACGGCAAUCGGGGCACUGGCAUAUACUGCCUCCUUCUUGAUUCUGAGUUUCAUGAAGGAAGACACGACAUACUGGGCAUUUAUCUUCCCGGCUUUGGUUCUUGUUGUUGUCGGUGCUGAUAUUCAGUUCAACGUUACGAAUAUGUAUGUAAUGUCCUCCCUGCCACCAUCCCAGCAAUCCAUCGCAGGAGGGAUCUUCAACACAGUCAGCAAACUGUGCAACAAUCUCGGUCUUGGUAUUGCUACUUCUGUGGAAUCAUCCAUCGUUGACAAGAUGACUGCUUCGACGCCUGCUAUCCAGCCUUAUCUUGCUGUAUAUUGGUAUGCGGCUGCGGCUGCGGGUCUUUCAUUGUUUCUGGUGCCGUUCUUGACUCUUGGGACGCAGGGUAAUACCGAGUCACAGGAGAACGAGGGGCUUACGAGUGAGAUCGCGGGCGAGAAGAUGCCUAGUGUCCAUUCUACGGAUUUGCCUAUUGUUGGGACUCUGGACCCCGGUAUCUCACCUGUCGUUGACAUUGUAGAACAUAAGAUAUAG